AACUUUUCCCCUGAGAAUAGCCAAUAAUUAGCUAAAACCAUGAGUCUUCACUUGUUCAUAUAUACAGACGGUGCUAGAUAUUGGCGAAACACUUAACGGGUCUGGGUCCGUGUCUAGAAAAUUAAUGCCACCCGGGUCCGGGUCUGGAAAUUUGAUAUCAACCGAGUCUGGGUCCGGGUUCAUAAAAACAUGGACCCGCUACUCUCUAGUCUGUCGACGUUUUAGAUGACUAAAAGUCAAUCAGAUCCCAAUUCAGAUCAAAUAAGUGAAAGAACUGUGCUAACAGCUUCUAGGAUUGGAAAAGGGACUUUUUUAGCUGUUCCCUUUCGAUUUCAAUGAUGUUUUGCCUUUAGAUACUACAUAGUGUUCUAAUAAGAAUCCUAAAAGCAUUUAUUUAAAUUCUUAUUAAUAUUUGACGGAUGAAGAAAUUAUCUCAAGUGACAUGUACCGUUUGAGCUCGUAUUUGACCCACAGACAGGUCUCAAUGAGAAUAGCAAAACCUGAAAGAAUUCAUCCUCCGUCGCCUAAUUUUGAACGGCUUACUGAAGUUCUAAUAACUCUUAAAAUAUCCUGAAAGUUUUUAGCUGAAAAUGAUGUUCUUUAGUCAAGAUAUUGAAUUUUCAAAAAUAACCCUUUGCCUCACCCCACCCAAAAAUCAAGUUCACUUAAAUAUUCUGUUCUCAAUGACUAGCACCAAUCACAGUCCGUAUUGAUUGAAGAAUAAGAGAUUGUAGUCGAUAUUCUAAUAAGAAAUAAUAUGAUCUAUUUGAUGAAUUAAAUCUUGAAUGGUUUAUAUUAGGUGUAGUAACAAAAUCUUCUUAUCUACUGAAUUUUUAGGCUUUAAACAUAAUCGAAAACUUUCAAAUUAAUGCACGAAAAGUAGCUGGAUCAGUCAUGCCUGCAUCGGUAUUAGCUACUGGUUUCUCAACUUUCUCAACUAAUACUAAUAAUUAUGGAUCAUCAGCGGGUUAUUCAAACAAUUCACUUGAUACUACUUUUUUUCAACCUUCAUAUGGAUUCAAUCGCCCGCCAAGUCCAAAUCCUCAACGGAAACAGCAGGCACCUACAAAUCCAUCUUCGAGUACAUUUCCAACACGUGAACCACCACCACCGCCACCACCACUUCGUCCAAGUCCUGUGCCUAGUACAUUUGGUGGAAAUCAAUCAAAUUUACCUGCACCAAUUAUGCCGCAGCGAGCUCAGGGUGCAGCGACAUCAUCAUCAUCAUCACAAUCAUCAGCUAAUAUGUUUCACGGAUUAGAUCCGUUUGCUGCAUCUGUACCAUCAUCUCAGUAUCAGAACGGUACUUCAACCCCACCAAUACCAGCUCGUCCAACACCAUCCAUUCCACCACGACCUUUCGAACGCCCACCAGUUCCUCAACGAAAUUAG